CUAACAACAACAGCACACUUUUCAAACCAUGCUUUGAUAGCCUCACGAACCGGUCAUUCAACAUCUCAUCACCCUCUCCUCUCGGAUCUCCCUCACCUGCAAGUUUCUUUAUCAUCUCUCCAUCACCGCCUUUCUUUUCCUCACUCCUUAACAUUCUUCCUUUUUCUUCUGUGUAUGGUUAAAUCAACUCUCUCUCUCUAGAAUCAUUCUCUCUAGAACCAUUGUUAUUACACAUGUCGUUGAUGAAGGUUUUUCGAUCUGGCAAAUUCUCGAGUUCCUUAAACGAGGUUCCAUCUCUCGAUGCUACCGGCGAUGACCGGAAAGGAACCGCCGUCCGUGAAUCGGAGGACGGAACUGAUUGGUCAACCAUGCUGCCGGAUCUACUUGCGGAGAUUAUUAAACGAGUUGACGCCGCCGAGGAUCAGUGGCCGCACCGUCAAAACGUCGUCGCUUGCGCCUGCGUUUGCAAACGGUGGAGAGAUGUUACACGGGAGACCGUACGAUCACCGCGUGACGGCAGAAUCACUUUUCCGUCUUGUCUUAAACAGCCAGGACCACGCGACCUACCUCAUCAAUGUCUUAUAAAGCGGGAUAAAAAGACCUCCACAUUUUACCUCUAUCUUUCCCUUACAUCAUCAUACACAGAUAAAGGGAAGUUUCUGUUGGCAGCUAAAAGAUAUAGGUAUGGUACCCAUAUUGAAUAUGUUAUAUCGCUCGAUGCUGAUGAUUUAUCCCAAGGAAGCAAUGCUUAUGUCGGCAAGCUAAGCUCGGAUUUUCUUGGCACCAACUUCACAAUUUAUGACAGCCGUCCACCCCAUAAUGGUGCCAAACCAUCAUGUGCCAAAGCUAGCCGUCGUUUUGCAAGCAAACAGAUAAGCCCUCAUGUUCCUCAAGUACCUGCUGGUAACUUUGAGGUGGGGAAUGUCUCCUACAAGUUCAACCUUUUGAAAUCAAGAGGGCCAAGGAGAAUGACCUGCUCUCUGAAGUCUACUGUCUCAUCAAUGGGUGAAAGCUCAGACGGCAAGACGCACUCUUGCUCUCUGAAGUCUACUGUCUCAUCAAUGGGUGAAAGGGCAGAUGGCAAGUCUUUCGAUGGCCACAAGAUGCACCCUUGCUCUCUCAAUUCUGCUGUCUCACCAAAGGGUAAAAGCUCAGAUUACAAGUCUUUCGCCGACCACAUGAUGCCCCGUAAAAAACCUUCUGCCCACACAAUCUUGAAAAACAAAGCUCCAAGGUGGCACGAACAUUUGCAAUGCUGGUGCUUGAACUUCCAUGGUCGUGUGACAGUGGCAUCAGUGAAGAACUUUCAGCUGAUUGCCACUACGGACCAGAGCCAACCCGAAGGAAAAGGAGAUCAAGAAACUGUUCUCCAGUUUGGUAAAGUAGGGGAUGAUACUUUCACCAUGGACUAUAGACAGCCCUUAUCCGCCUUCCAUGCAUUUGCGAUUUGCUUAACUAGCUUUGGCACUAAACUGGCUUGUGAGUAAUAUAGUUUGGGUAUAAUCUGCUUUUAUUUAUUUUCUGAAUGAUAUAAAGUGAUUAGUUGUUAUUAUUUCCUUUUAAUUCGACUUAAUUUGACCGAGUCUAAAUAAUUUUUUGCAAGAAGCUUGUUGUGAAUGAUAUUAUAUUGUUACUAAUUAAAAUCAAUACAACAUGGCAUCUUCCAAAGUCAUA